AUGGCAGUGCGGCUAUUUCUAGCAGCUUCUGUGCCGAUCCUGUGCAUUGCACACCGCAGAGCGGCGAAGAACGAUGUGCACGAAGCAGAGCUGUACGUUGAUCGUGGACUGGAGAAAGGCCACGUGCUACAGUUCCUGCCCGCAUCGUUGCAAGAGGAGGGUGAGACCUACAGGCUCCCUUCAGACAGCAAUGGCAACAAUGGCAACGGUGGCUUGAUCUGGGGCAUCAUCACCGGGGUUGUGAUUGUUCUACUGGUGUUGUGCAGCUACUGUUAUUUCCAUUUCAGCCUCCUGCCCGAGCUGGAAGGAGACGGUCAAUCAGGCAAUGCUCAGGAGAUUGAAGAGGGGGAAAGAGGCGUCGGUCCUCCUCGAAUGUCACCUGAAGAUGUUGGAGAUUCCUCUCCAGAUUCUGCAAAGAUGGAAGCCGGACAAGUUAUGCGCGAUCACAGCAGCUCAAAGUUCGAGAUUGAGAUCGACGAUUUUCGCGCUUCUGGUGUGGAAUUAGAUGGUCAGCCGCCCGAUGUCAAAGUUCAGCGCGUUGAAGAAGGCUCCUCGUGCCAUUUGCAAGGCUUGCGUGCGGGAGACAGACUGGUCAAAGCUGGUAGUGGGUCGGAAAUGAUCAACGUAGCGGAAAUGGCCCCAGCUGCUUUUCAAGAAGUUCUUCAAGCGCACCCCGUUCGUCUACAAUUCCAGCGCUUUGGAUUGGAUGCCGCAGGCAGCGUCCUGGCGGGUCUUGGUCGCUGGACGCUGAAGGCGAAAAAGGCAGCAGCAGCUGCGAUGGCCCAGGAGGAAGAUGAAAUCCAAGCACCACAGGAUCCACAGGAUCCACAGAUCGCAGCAGGUGAGAAGGAUUGGUCCGAUGGCAUCCCAGAGGUUGAGAAACGGGUCUUUCCACGACCAAAUUUGGUGAGAUACAAAUGGGUCUUGCGCACCUGCUUCGAACAUGAUUGGAAGUUCAUACGUCUACGACUAGUGCGAGAUCUGAAGUUUACUGAAGCAGAAGCAGAUGAGGCAGAGCAAUGCCUGAGAACGAAAUACAUGUGGGUCCUACCACUGUACCGAAAGCUGUCCUCAGAAGAGACGAGCGAAGGUGGCUCCUCACCGGAUCAUAUCAGUCAGUUUGGUGUGAGCAAGCGGUCCCUCAUGAGGAUCCUGGGGCCGGAAGGUAUCAACAUCUUCGACAAGGCCACCAUGACGCAAGCCAAAGCCAGCGAGCUGUACAAGCAAGCGAAUUGCGUGCCCCAAGAUGUUGCGGGAUUCAAAGUGAGAUGCGAUGCUAUGCUCUGCCGCUUUCAGUUUGCUGAGUUGUUGGUGCGAAUUGCCAUUUGCAAGUGGCCUGAGAAGUCGAAGGCGGAAUCCUUGGAGAGUCUCUUCGAGGAACUUGCAAUACUCUGCCAAAAGUACAGCGGAGACAUGCGAGAACUGAUCACUUCAGGAUCAACCGAUGAAGUACAAGCAGUAUACGAGGCCGUAGAGCCACAAACGUGGGCUGUCUUCGUGGAAAUGGCAUCUGUACAUGAAAACGUGCACGGUGAAAAAUUCAUGACCUUGGAAGAUUGGAGAAAGCUGCUAAAUCGGAUGAAUAUCUUCGUCCUCUAUCCGGUGGUCAAGAGGAAGUAUGGGGCCUAUACUUACCGCAUGGGACUUGAACCUCAAGCAGAUGAGCAGUAUAACAAGACGUGGCAAUUGAUGAGUUUUUUGGAAUUCCAGCGUGCUUUGGGCGCGGUGAUGUUUUUGAGCGAGAUGCGGCCCAAGAAGGAGUGCAAGCCGGACAUCUUGGCGGCGCUACUGCAGAAGAUAGCGACGGAGAACCUGAGUCAAAUUGCUACUGCGAAGUCCAGGCGAAAAAAGAACAGCGUCCUUGAGGGCAAGACCCACAACUAG